AUAGAGAUUGGAGGCUCUGUGAAUUUUGAUGGUGAAACUAUUGAGGGGGCUCCACCUUUAUGGGCAGCUUCAGCAGCAGGACAUUUGAAGGUAGUCCAGUCUUUGUUAGACCAUGGAGCAUCUGUCAACAACACAACUUUGACUAAUUCAACUCCUCUUAGGGCUGCCUGUUUUGAUGGUCACCUGGAAAUAGUAAAGUACCUUGUGGAACACAAAGCUGAUUUGGAAGUUUCAAACCGUCAUGGUCAUACAUGCUUAAUGAUUUCAUGUUACAAAGGACAUAAAGAAAUUGCUCAGUAUUUACUUGAAAAGGGGGCUGAUGUUAAUAGAAAAAGUGUUAAAGGAAACACUGCACUACAUGAUUGCGCAGAAUCUGGAAGUUUGGACAUCAUGAAAAUGCUUCUUAAGUAUAGUGCCAAGAUGGAGAAGGAUGGCUAUGGAAUGACUCCCCUUCUAUCAGCAAGUGUGACAGGUCACACAAAUAUUGUGGAUUUUCUGACACAACAUGCACAGACUAGCAAGACAGAACGUAUUAAUGCCUUAGAACUUUUGGGAGCUACGUUUGUAGAUAAAAAAAGAGAUCUACUUGGGGCUUUGAAAUACUGGAAAAGAGCAAUGGACAUGAGGUACAGUGACAGGACUAAUAUCAUUAGCAAACCUGUACCACAAACAUUAAUAAUGGCUUAUGACUAUGCCAAGGAGGUGAACAGUGCAGAAGAACUAGAAAACCUUAUUGCUGACCCUGAUGAGAUGAGAAUGCAAGCUCUAUUAAUUAGAGAACGUAUUCUUGGCCCUUCUCACCCAGAUACAUCUUAUUAUAUUAGAUACAGAGGUGCUGUCUAUGCAGACUCUGGAAAUUUCAAAAGAUGCAUCAAUCUAUGGAAAUACGCUUUGGAUAUGCAGCAGAACAAUUUGGACCCCUUGAGCCCAAUGACUGCUAGUAGUUUAUUAUCUUUUGCAGAGCUGUUCUCUUUCAUGCUGCAGGAUAGGGCAAAAGGCUUAUUGGGAACCACUGUUACAUUUGAUGAUCUUAUGGGUAUACUGUGCAAAAGCGUCCUUGAGAUAGAUAGAGCUGUCAAACAAACUCAGUGUCCGCCUGACCAAAUACAGUUGAAUAAAGCCCUGUCCAUCAUUUUGCACUUAGUUUGUUUGUUAGAAAAAGUUCCUUGUACUCCAGAACAGGAUCAUUUUAAGAAGCAGACUAUAUACAAGUUUCUUAAGCUGCACCCUAGAGGAAAGAAUAACUUUAGCCCUCUUCAUCUGGCUGUGGACAAGAAUACCACAUGUGUAGGUCGAUACCCUGUUUGUAAGUUCCCAUCUCUGCAAGUUACUGCAGUACUGGUGGAAUGUGGUGCUGAUGUGAAUGUCAGAGACUCUGAUGACAACAGUCCCUUGCACAUUGCUGCACUUAACAACCAUCCAGACAUCAUGAACCUCCUUAUCAAAUCAGGUUCACAUUUUGAUGCCACAAACUCUCACAAACAAACUGCUAGUGAUUUGUUGGAUGAGAAGGAAAUAGCUAAAAAUUUGAUCCAGCCCAUAAAUCAUACAACAUUGCAGUGUCUUGCUGCUCGUGUCAUAGUGAAUCAUAGCAUAUAUUACAAAGGGCACAUCCCAGAAAAGCUGGAGAACUUUGUUUUACUUCAUAGAUGAUAAUUUGACUGAAUUCUUAAUACUGUUGAAGCACGAGUUGGUAACAGUUGUUUCACAUUUGAGCACUGUUGUGAUAACACCAGCAUUCAUAUACCUUGAUAACAUUGUGCUUUUGUUGGCUAAAAGCAUUAUGAGCAUCAGAUUUGCAGAAUUGGUUGCCCCAUAUUUAAUAUAAAUAUGCCAUAUAUUGUUUUGUGGAUUAUUGAUAAAUGUAAUGCCAUAUUCAAAUUCCUAAAAUUGUCUGCCAAA